UCGGCUCAAUCAUUUGGUCGAGAAUUUUUUUUCAAUGAAAAUCAAGUGUUUUGAUUUUCUAAUUUAAUUGUUUUCAGUAAAUUAUUCGAUCAUUUUCUUUGAUUAAGUGUUUUAUUGAUUUCUAAUAGAAAAUAAUACUGUUUAAUAGUCAUGACAUCGAGUAAAAAGGUUCGAACAAGAUGUUUUUUUGACAUCAAGACUGGAGACCGACCAGUUGGUCGUAUUAUUUUUGAGCUUUUCAAUGAUGUUUGUCCAUUGACAUGUGAAAAUUUCCGAGCUCUUUGUACAGGGGAAAUGGGACUCGGUAAAACGACCAAUAAGCCUCUUCAUUACAAGGAUGUCAUUUUCCACCGGGUUGUAAAAAACUUCAUGAUCCAAGGAGGCGAUUUUUCCAUUGGCAAUGGAAGAGGAGGAGAAUCAAUUUAUGGAGGAACUUUCAAAGAUGAAAAUUUCGAAAUGAAACAUGAUAAACCCUAUUUACUCUCGAUGGCAAAUCGAGGACCAAACACAAAUGGAUCUCAAUUUUUCAUCACAACUAAACCAGCUCCUCACUUAGAUGGGGUUCAUGUUGUUUUUGGUCACGUUUUCUCUGGACAUGAGAUUGUUGAUGAAAUUGAAGCUCUACCAACAGAUAAAUCAUCUAAACCAUUGACCGAUGUGAUUAUCAAUAACUGCGGAGAAUUGGUACCUCAAAUUAAAUCCAAAGAUAAAAAGAAAAGAAAAAAUUCUGACUCUGAGGAAGGAGAGAAAAGCAAAAAGAAGAAAAAACACAAAAAACACAAGAAACAUGGAAAACACAGUAAAGAAGAUGAAAUUGAAAAUCCUCAAAAUAAUGAAAAUGAGGCGAACAAUAAUAAUGCACCAGCUGAUGUUGAUGAAGAUUACGAAUGCUCAGUUAAACCGGACGAAAUACCGACAAUACCUGAGAACAAAUUUCUCCUUCGAACAGUGAAAAAACCUGAUGAUGGUGACAAUAAGGACGAUAAAAAAACAGACUAUUUUGCUGAACGUUUUAAGCCUCGAUUUCAAACAACUAGAUCUGGUCGUAAAAUCAAAGGAAGAGGUUUCAGACGAUAUCGAACUCCGUCUCCUGGAGCACGAGAUGGAAGUGAGACACCCCCACACUGGAAAUUUGCCCAAUCUCGCGUUAAACGUCUCGAUGAAGUAAUGAAAUCUGGCGAUAAAAGCAACGAUGAAGAUGAAGACCAAAAAGAUAGUACAAAUAGUAAAGGUGAAAGACGAAGGUCGGAUCGAUACGAUGAUCGUGGUAAUCGAGAUCGAGAUAAUAGAGGAAGGAGAGACAGGAGAGAUAGAGAUUAUAAUAGAAAUCGUAACAAUGAAGACCCUUUUAGAUCUAGAAAUGAACGAGACUAUCGAGAAAGGCGUCGAGAUGACAGAGAAAGAAGAGAUCGUAACCAUGAACGAGAAAGAGAGUCAGAAAAUCGAGAAGGUCGAAGACAUGAUAGAGAUUCAGAAAGAACUCGAGAUCAUAAAGAUAUUAAAAGAGAUGAAAAGGACAAAAUAGUAACCAAUGAUGGCAACGAAUUGAUAAGAUCUCGUGAAGAGUUUAAUCAAGAUGGUCCAGUUGAAAAAAGACGAAGGUUUACCGAAGAACCGAUACCUCAAGAAAUUUCAAACGAUAGAAUUGAAACCUUAAAUCGAAGUGGAACAAGCAUUCCCGAAGAAGGAGAAAUCGAAGAUGAUGAGAAUGACCUUCGACGCAAAUUGAUUUCGUCUUCUGUUGUGGUCAAAAAUCGCCUUAACGAAAUAGUCUCUUAUCCAAUCAGUCCGUUACGUGGUACAAAUGAGUCAAUUGUUAAAACAAAAGCUUCAGAAACAAUUGAAGCGAAAAUUGUACCCGAAAUAUCAACAACAAUCAUCGAGCGGUUAGAUGAAAAUGAUUCAAAUAGUGAUGGAAAUGUUUCUCCGUCAGUUGCAUUAUUUCCACCUGAGGUUAAACAUAAAGACAAUGAAGAAAAUGCUCUUAGGCCUCCAAAAACUCAGGAUCCUUCUAGACGACAGGAAGCAAGUACACAUUCUCGCCGCGAUAGCUCUGAGAAGCAUCGAUUCAAUGAGCAUAGGCAUGGCAGAGAAUCAAGAGACUCUACUGAAAAGAGAGAAUCAAAGGAGAGACGUGAAUCACGCGAAUUAAAAGACAGAGAAUACCAACGUAGUAAAGAUCGGAGAGAAUCGAAAGAACCACGAGAAGAGUCUAGAAUAUCAAAAGAGCCAAGAGAAUCGAAAGAUUUGAGAGACUCGAGAGAGUUUAAAGACCGCAAAGAUGCCAGAGAAAAUAGAGAUGCAAGAGAAUCUAGAAAAUUGAAAGAAGAAUCAAAAGACACGCGACCAUUCGAAUUAAAAGAUCAUAAAGAACCCAAGGAAAUUAGUGAAACUGAAAGUUGGAAAAAAGUUCAAGAAAUUAAGGAAACCAAAGAAACUAAAGAAACUAAAGAAUUGAAGGAAUCAAAAGAAUUGAAAGAAUCGAAAGAAUCAAGAGGCCCAAAUGAUGAAACUCGUCGAGAAGCUUCACGAGAAUUUAGAUCGGAUCGGGAUCGCUAUGAAAUCGAGCGUAAAUCUAAUGACAGAAGUAAACGUGAUGAAACUAAAGAAGACGAAAGUCAAUUGAGAGAGAAACGAAAUGAGAAAAAUAAACAAUCAUCUAAAGAAAGCAGUCGGCAUAGAGAAGAAAAUACCUCAAGUUCCCGGAGAAUCGACGUUGAUAAUAGAAAAGAAAAGAAUGAUGAUCGUAAAAAACAAGAAGAUAAAAGUGCAAACGAGAAUCGAAGUAGUUUCAAUAGAAGAGAUAAAAGUCCCGUGAAACAUAAUAAGGAAACGAAAAAGUCAAACAAAGAAAGAAUAGAUUCUUCGAAUACCAAUAAACUUUCGUCCAUCAAAGAUACCGAUUCAAAGCGUGCACGAAAUAGGAGCAAAGAUCGAAACGAUAAGAACAAGAAGAGACGACGAUCAGCAUCAUCAUUUUCAUCUUCAGCCUCUUCAACAUCGUCAUCAGAUUCAUCUACUUCAUCCUCAUCGUCAAGUUCAUCGGGCGUUAGUUCAUCCGCAUCCAGUUCAAGUUCGAGAUCUUCUAGCUCAUCCAAAUGAUGAAUAUAAAAUUAUAUGAAUGAACCUUUUUAAUAGCUUGAAAUCAGAUAAUGGAAAUUUAAUUAACAUCGCACAAAUUUUUUUCCCUCAAUUAUCAUUUGUAUUCUUUGUCGUGAUCUAAUUUCAGCAACAAUUUAAGCUAAUUGUUUCAAUUUUAAUUGCAAAUCGAAUUCAAUUGAUACAAACUUUUUUAAAAGUUAA